GGAUCAUGAGUGUGGAUGCCGUCUUUCCUGGGCUCAGAUUUCACAAAAUGAGAGACCACUGCACUACUGCAGGGCGCAAGCAACAGAGCAAGGAUGCCAUCUGCUAGCACCAUGACUGGCGGGAGAGCAUUGCUGCUCUGUACAAACACAGAGGACUGCAUCUACCAAUCAGCAAACGGGCUCCACUGCUGCGGACUGAAGCUUGACCAGGCCCAGUCUGUGGUGCUUCAGCGGCCAGACCUGUGUGGGGUCGGGGACAGUCUCUCGUCUCUCCCAAGCCCAGGACACACCAUCAUGCUUGCCCACAAGAGUCCCUCCAACCCUCGGCACAUCGAGAAUGGUCUGAGCAGCAAAUCUCCCAGGACUCCCUCUGGGCUUAAAAGUGUCGCCAGCAUUCGGGACAAGAUUUCCCAAUGGGAAGGUAAAACAGAGACCACUGGCCCAAACAUUCAAACAGUAGGACUGAAGGACACUGAAGUUGGGAAGAAAACAGGACAGCCUGAAGUACAAAGGAAAGACAGCAAGAGACUUUUCAACUGGGAGAGACAAAACUGUGGUAAAGAGAAUGGGAGCAAGUUUGGAGAAGCCCUACACACUUGUGAGGGACCCGUGAAGGAAAAGGAAUUGAUUUUGGACAAGUCGCCAUUGGGGAAAAUGACAGAAACUGGUCAGGACAAAAAGUCAGUGUUGACGCACAUUAAAAAACUUGAGCAAGCAAUGAAGGAGACCCCCUCCAAAUCUUCCUUUUCAAUGCCAGGCAAUUAUUUCUGCCCUGCUUCCAAAGAGGAGCAGGAAGAGUCAGAGAGGAGGGGUGUAGAGCCAAUCUUUGGGACUCUGGAUGUGGUGAGAUCCAGUGGAAGACGAAGUCGGGACCCCGAGAAUGUCUACAGUGAACCUGGAGCUCCUUCCAUUAACCCCUUACCAAAACCACAAAGAACCUUUCAACAUCACACCCAAACAAACAACCCUACGGCCAACCACAGUUUUAUCAAGGGUAAACGUAAUCUUCCACCUUUACCUUCAAUUCCUCCUCCACCCCUUCCCUCCUGUCCGCCACCUGGAGUCUGUAGAAGAGCAUCCGGACGAGUUCGAGACUCCAUUAACAGGAAGUCUUACGAGUUUGAAGAUCUUCUACAGUCUGCAGCAGAAGGAUGUCGAGCAGAUUUGUAUGAGCUUUCUAAGCUAGGCCUCACUCGCACUUUAUCAGAGGAGAAUGUCUACGAGGAUAUCUUAGACCCUCCAUCGAAGGAGAACCCAUAUGAAGAUAUAGAGUUGGAAAGUCGCUGUCUUGGGAGCAAAUAUCCGGUUCCGUCUUCCCCUUCUUCUCCCAUUCCUGACACCCCAUCCAAGCUCGCCGCCAAGCCUGGUUUCUUCAGACAGAAUUCAGAGCGACGCAGUUUUAAGUUACUGGAGCUGCGCAGGACAGGCGGGAUCGCAUCCCCAUCACGGGUCAGUCCUCCAUCCACACCCAGCAGCCCAGACGACACCCCAUGCCUGUCUGGAGACCCGUACAACCGGCGGCGCAGGAAAAUUCCAAAGAUGGUGCAGAAAAUCAAUGGCAUCUUUGAGGCGCGAAGGGGUAAAAAGCGGAUGAAAAGAGUCUCGCAGUCCACAGAGUCCAGUUCAGGAAGAGUGACGGAUGAAAACAGCGAGUCUGAAAGCGACACAGAGGAGAAACUGAAGGCUCACAGUCAGAGGUUAGUGUCGGUCCAGUCUAUGCUGAAGCAGACGGGUCGAUAUCGCACUCUGGAGCGGGACUUAAUGGAUCUUCAAGAGAGGAAGCUGUUUGAAUACUUCCUGGUUGUGGCUCUCCAUAAGACCAAAGCCGGCGUGCCGUAUUUACCAGAAGUCACACAGCAGUUUCCACUUAAGCUGGAGCGAAGCUUUAAGUUCAUGCGAGAAGCUGAAGACCAGCUGAAAGUGAUCCCGCAGUUCUGUUUCCCUGAUGCUAAAGACUGGGCACCUGUGGACAAUUUCCCCAGUGAGACAUUCUCAUUCGUCUUAACUGGAGAAGAUGGCAGCCGGAGAUUUGGGUAUUGUCGACGUUUAUUGCCCAGUGGUAAAGGAAGGCGUUUACCUGAGGUUUACUGUAUUGUCAGCAGACUGGGCUGUUUUGAUCUGUUCUCUAAGAUCCUGGAUGAAGUGGAGAAGAGACGGGCCAUCUCUCCAGCACUGGUCCAGCCGUUUAUGAGAGGAAUCAUGGAGGCUCCAUUUCCAGCUCCGGGACGAACCAUCAGCAUCAAGAACUUCCUUCCGGGUUCCGGAACAGAGGUGAUAGAUCUGUGCCGGCCCUCAGAUUCCCGUCUGGAACAUGUGGAUUUCGAGUGUUUGUUUUCCUCUCUGAGCUUGCGUCUGCUUCUGCGGGUCUUUGCUUCUCUUCUGCUGGAGCGACGGGUCAUCUUUACUGCAGAUAAACUCAGCACUCUGUCCCAGUGUUGUCAUGCUGUGGUGGCUCUGCUGUACCCGUUCACCUGGCAGCACACCUACAUCCCGGUUCUGCCUCCAGCGAUGAUGGACAUCGUCUGCACACCGACACCCUUCAUCGUGGGGCUUCUGUCCAGCUCACUGACCCGCCUCAAAGAGCUCCCGCUGGAGGAGGUCCUGGUGGUCGACCUCGGCAGCAGCCGUUUCCUGCGACAGAUGGACGAUGAAGACUCGAUUCUGCCUCAUAAACUGCAGGCGGCGCUCGAACACGUGUUGGAGCGGAGGAAAGAGUUCGCCUCUGACCUGGCGGAUAAUCCUAGUGAGCCCGGUUGUCUGAGCUCUGUGGUGUCGGAGGCGUUUGUGCGUUUCUUCGUGGAGAUCGUGGGUCAUUAUUCCCUCUUCAUGGGUGGCAGCGAUCGAGAUGAAGAGUCUUCGACCUCGUCUUCCUCCUCUCCCACUCCUUCAUCUUUCCAGCGUGAGGGGUUUCGUAAAGCCGUCUCCUCUAAAAGCCUGCGCAGAUUCCUGGAGGUCUUCAUGGAGACGCAGAUGUUCGCCGGGUUCCUGCAGGAGAGAGAGCUGCGGAGGCAGGGCCUGAAAGGUCUGUUUGAGAUGAGGGCUCAGGAUUAUCUGGAUUCUCUGCCCGGCAGCGAGAACAGAGGUGUCAACAAGUUCCUCAAAGGUUUAGGACACAAGAUGAAGUUUCUGUCCAAAAAGUGAAAAGUUGAAGAUCUUGCACAUUACAUUCCCUCUGACUGACUGAGUGAGGAUUAUGAACGGAGACCAGAGAGAGAAACUGAGGACCAACGGCAAUGGGAAACACUGCGCAGAGGCAAAAACAGUGCAUUUCCAGAACCCCAAACUACAGGACCUUAUUGAAACCCACUAACAGAAGCGGUCAGGAUGCUCCAUGUACAGUUUUAAAACUAAUUUCAGACAUUUUAAAAGAUAGAAAACAACUUCUUCUGAGACAGGAGGCUAUAAAUUAAUUUAUAUUCUUUCUAGAAAUAAUAAGACUCUUCAUUAAAGUGAUCAUCAGUAUGCCACUAGUUUGUUAUAGUCUAUUUAUCUUAGAUCCACUGUGGGUUAUUUCUGAGGAAACAAUCACAACACUGUGACUGAAAGAGGUUUCUGUUUCUAGAAUUCUAAAAAGAUUCUGAAGUGGAAGCAGAUCAAAGAGUUGGAGAUCAAAGACGCAUUUCAGGAACACCACUAGAGUUAUUAUCAACUUGACUUUUUAAGUGUGCUUAAUAAACAGCUUUCAGUAUGAUUUGAGUUGAUUUCUUUUGUCUAGCUCACUUACUUUUAAUUCAGUUCAACUCCUUUCAAUUCAGUUUAAUUUGAUAUAAUUCAAUCAGAUUCAAUUCAACUCAAUUUAAUUUGAAUUCGAUUUGAUUGAAUUAAAUUAA